UCAUUUCCAACCAGUGAAAGCGACACACCAAUUAGGAAAGGAUAUUGAUAUACAAUUUAAAUAUCUUUUAAUGAUCGUAAACUGAAUUUUAAACACAGAGACCAAAGGGAGCAAACGGACGCUUCAAACUUAUUAUAUUAUGGACUAAAUAUCAGAAUUGAUGUUAACACAUUACGGACACUGGGCAGCUAAUAUGCAAAGACAGAUUUUGGCGUGUUUAAUAUUUGUGUGUAUAAUUCGUCGAACAUCAUCAGCUGCUACAGCAUUCGAGGUAGCACCCGGCGAAACAAACCUGGUACAACUACAAGAUGGGGGGUCGAGCAUUCUAAAAUUGGAGUAUGAAUCCACGGACACGGCAACCUAUACUUUUGCUGCCAGUUUGGAUACUGGGACUACUUUCGACACUUCUAGUGCGACCAAAGACCCAAACCUAAAGACAAUCGAGUAUACUCUGCUGCCAUCGUUUGUGACGGAUGGGUACGGCACGUACUUGUUAAACCUUACCCUAGAUGAUGGAACAUCCGGCAUUGACGUCUACAAAGAAGUGGUACUAUUUUACGAAGAAGCAAUCGCCGGAUUCCAGAUAUCAAGAACCAAUACUUUCCUCGGGCUAAAUGAGCUAUCUACUUUUACAGUCACCUUUACGAGUGGUUCAAAUGUAGAAACUGAGUGGUUUUUGGACACAAAUGAUACCUGUUUGAAGCAACACACGGGCACAGGUGCCCGGACCGAAAAUGUUGAUUUUACGUUUACCGUUGGGGGUACACAUAAUGUCACUGCCGUAGCGGCUAAUACGGUUUCAAGAACUUUUCACUCUCUUAUAGUGGAAGCUAUAUACCACAUCAACGGAAUAACUGUAUCAACACCAACUACAGCAGUUGGAGUGAAUCAAAACUACAACAUAACUGUUAAAUUAGGAUCUUCUGCUAAUUUACCACAGGGGACAAUAAAAGUAAAUGUUUCAUAUGGUGACGGAGCAGUUGAAACCAUUGAUUUGUCGACACAAAUUACAGCCAUGCAAGGGGCCGGGUAUAUGAUUCAACAUGUCUAUUCCAGUCAAGGGAAUUACUCCAUUUCAUGUGUUUUUUACAAUGAAAUAGGCUCAUCAACUAUCGCAAAGGAGGCUUAUAUUUGGGAAGCGCUUUCAGUAACCUUAAGUUCAGCUUUUGCCUUUGAAGAAGGAACAGCUCUUGUGUUUGACUUUGUUUCUACACCAGCUUCUAAUUUUUACUUUUCUGUAUCGUUCGGAGAUGGUGCUUUGCAUGAAGUUACAGAUGCUGAUUUGAGUCAACCAUAUUCGUUUUCAUCUUUUAAUCAUUCAUACACUGGAGUUGGAGUAUACAAUGUCACUAUGACGGCAUGGAAUCCGUUUUACGUCAGCGUUUGUUCAUAUGAGGUACAGGCUCUAAUACCGCUGCUCCCAGACAACACAACACUUACCCCAACGACUGACGAGAUACCUUUUCCAGAUGGAGUCGUAAAUUUUACCUUGAUAAUGACUGCUGACAAAAACACGCCUACUGAUGUGUUGUGCACGUUUGAUUACGGCGAUUCAACAGUUGAAACUAAUGUGAGCACAGUUUUAGCCUACAACGUUGCUGUUGUUAAGCCUCAUACGUAUACUGCUGGAGGGACAUACACAGUUACCUUUAAUUGCCUGAAUCUUAUAAGUACCUUGCAAAAGACAGCAACAAUAAUUGUUAGGGCGUUUACUGUUAAUGAUUUUGGGCUUCAAGUUGAUAAUCCAGUACCUAUGAACAUGACAUUAGACGGCUCUUUGCCUAAAGCGGUUCCUGCUGAAGUUACUUUUACUUUAACAUUAUUUGCUUGUUCCCGAAUGCCUCCCAAUAUCACCGCUACUUGGAACUUUGGCGAUGGUGCAAGUACCACUCAACCUCAAUCAACUUUCGAGAAGCAGCAUACAUAUUCUAUCAGAGAAACCGUGCCAUUUAAUGUCGUGAUUCAAGACAGCAUUGGGACUACAAAAACCAUCUCAACAAGUCUUGCUCUAGGCAUUUCGACGCUUACCACCGACGUUCAACAAGCGGCCGUAGGAACGGGUACUUUCACGUUAACUGCUACGGUUUUAUCAGGGUCCACCACCUUUGAUUUUGAUGUGGACUCUACUACGGAUACACCAGCCCAAAGUUCAGGCACUUGUACAAUUUCAUACGCUAAAUAUGGAAUCUACUUCCCGAAAGUUACGGCAACAAAUGGUAGUGUGACAGAAAUCGUGUACCUCGCUGAACCGCUAAAGGUAGAUUAUGACAUGACGGGAAAUCUGGCCAUUGACUUCAGUAAUACAACAGUGCUCCUACCCCCAGGCCACGUAACGAUAACUAUAACGUCUGCUACAAUGUCAUUCCCAAUGGUUACAUGCAGCUUAAUCUCUGGUGACCUUAUUGACACUCAUACGCAUGUUAAAUCACACAACAUUACUCCUUCGUCCCCUUUGGUUUUUCCUUAUACCUACCAAACUCUCGGAAACCAUAGCUUAUCUGCAAACUGCUCUAACUUUUUGACAACCAUUCCAAUAUUUAAUAGCGUUUAUGCACAAAAUCCAUGCUUUACAAAAAAUGGAAUAUUUGAUCGACAGUAUUCCGACAUUUCAAACCCCAUGAAAGUUUACACGUCUCAAGAUGUCUAUGUGUCUAGCCGAAUGGGAGUCACGUGUAUCGAUAAGACAGCGCUUUUCCAAUGGGAAAUUUUUUCGAAUUACACUAGUGAGGAGGGAAAAGUCCACUAUCCUUACACUAAUCCCAUCAGUCCAUCGAAAGGGACUAUGCUUUUCCCCAGGGCCAAAAUACCUGAAGGGGUGUACCUCGUGACUUUGAACGUUUCUCUAGAUGGUACGUGGAUAAAGGAACCGAUCGUUAUAAAUUUCGUCAAACCUGCACCAUAUGCUUUUAUCGCCGGUGGUUCAAAGAAAGUGGCGAGAAAGAUGGAUGAAGUAAUUGACAUUAACGCAUUGGAUGAAUCGUACGAUGCCGAAGGGGGAUUUGGAGUGAAUGGAAAUCUAAUCUUUAGCUGGGAAUGCAAAACUGUAAACACGUCAGACCUGACUCAAUUAGAAACAAUCGUGAACAGUGGUUUCGUCGAUUCGACUACUGCCAUUGGAGAUUGUGUUCUUGAUGCUGGCACUGUGUCUGGAAAAAAGAAACUGAACAUCACUUUAUCUCCUGGAUAUGUUGUCACGGUUACAGUUAGUGAUGGAAAGAAAGCCUCCAAGUUUUCUCAGAUGCUAAGUAUUCUGGAAGGGAAUCCACCAAACAUGCAAUUAAAAUGCAUUAUCAACUGCAAGGAAAAAUUGGCUGUAACCUCCAGAAUGAAUGUAUUAGCAGAAUGUAUGGACUGUACCGCAUCUGAAUUCCCAACGUACCGAUGGACUUUAGAGGAAAACGUCAACGGCGUUUGGACACCCAUCGACCUUUCCUUAAAAACGGCAAACGGAAUUUCCAAUCAGGCUCUAGUGUUGAACGAAAAUACACUUAAAACCGGAACGCAGUACAUGAUUAAGUUGACAACAACAAUUUCCACUCGUUCAGGACCAAGUGUGGUUAUAAUGGAUAUCGUCACCAACUACCCACCUUAUAACGGCGCAUGCACCGUGACCCCUACUGAAGGUAAAGCGUUGGUAGACAAAUUCAGCGUCGAAUGUUCCAACUGGGUUGACGAGGGUGCGUACAAAGAGCGUAAUCUGACACGAGACCUGGCCAAUGGGGAGCCUCUGACCUACUUAUAUGAGACGUUAACCAGACGGAACCGGGCCACCGGCAAUGAAACCAUAAAAACAGAAGUGUUUCGAGGGGGUGAGAGUACCAUUACUGAUGUGCCGUUUCAGCUUGGGGACCCGCUGUUUGAUUACAAUGUGACUGUUCAAGUACAAGUGUUUGAUCGAAUUGGUGACAAGACUUUAUUUGAAAUAAACAUUAAGGUUAAACCAAUGGACAAUGUCACUCCGAACUCCAGCUCCGAUACAACAGCAAUCACUUCGCUCUUCAAUUCCUUUGAAUCGGCUUACAACAUUACCAACGCUGGGGGCAAUGAUAUGGGCGUGGUCCGACUAGUUAGCGCUGUGUCCUCCUACAUUGUGGACGCCGGGGGUGAUACACAAGGAACAUCGGAAGAGGACAUCUUGUCUGGAGCAACUUCCGUCACCGACUCUGCUACCAGUGAAGUGACUAAAUUAUAUCAGGAGAAAACCACGGAAAUGACAAAUAUUCUUCUAAACACUGUAUCUUCUGAUACAAGCACUCCCAAACAGUUUAGUGCCACGGACGUUCAACAAAUAUCAUCUGCACUGGAAACCGUCAUGAAACCGUCAUACAUUACCAGUGAUUCUGCGAAAACAUCUACAACAAUUGUACAGUCAAUGAUGACCAGUGUUUUGAAUACAUCUUUGUCCAAACCGUUCCCAGUAGAAAACUUAGAGAGCAUUCAAAGUUCUGUUCAAAGUACGGUGAAGGUCUUAGAUAGCAUUUUAUCCUCUAUGCUUCCGACCACUGUGAUGGACGUUUCUGCUGCAAUAACACUCGAUUCCAUCAUUGCUGAGCUAACGGAAAAACAGGAACAGGAGACGGCUCAAGCAGACUUGCUGGGAACGACCGUCACCCCAAUGACAACAGCGGAUAUCCAAACAAAGGCUGAGCUUUUGUACCAAAUUAGAAUCAAAGAACAAGAGAAACAGAAAGAACAAGCAUUAUUUGCGGAAGAAAAUGUUGCAAAGAUAGAGGCCGCAUUGGUAGAUAUGAAAAAAAUUCUUUUACUAACGCAAGAAGUAGGUGAAGGGUCCAAGACCUUAUCCCAAGGUGGACUUGACGUGAGCACAGAAAAAAUAACAAUCGAAAGCCUCCUAAACAGGACUGAGGGGAUAGUGAAAGGAAUUCAACUGGAUUUUGAUUUAGGCAACAAUACUACUGCUGAUGGGAACCAAACGAUACUGGAUGUGGAGGUGGUAGUACACUCGAAGAAUCCAUACAUGUAUGGAACAGAUGCCUCAUCAAUCACAUCUCCCGUGACGUCAGUUGUUGUCAGUGGAGACAUACGCCCGGAUGUAAAAUUCAAGAAUCAAGGAUCUAUACAUUACCAAGAUUAUGUUCCCAAGUCUGAUCCCAAUGACCCGGACAAAAUUGUGUAUAUCACGUUUAAGAUGGCAAAUGAAGGGGAUUCGGUCAUUGCCUACAUCAAACCACACAACAUGGAUCCCACGGACCGGAGCACAUGGUCGUUAUACACAUUGUAUCUUGGUGAUCUGACUUAUCCAAAGUCCUCCUCUUUCGAUUUCUCUAAACCAUUGAGCAUCGCUGAUUGGACAGAUUACGGGUUUAAGGUGUUCAUCAAAGCAGGACUUUGCAACAAGGGCACCUGUUUCUUUGGUCUCAAACCUAUGCAGAUGGCAGACUACAGUUCAUUUGCUGUCCGAACAAGGCGGAAGCGUCAGGCUAUUUCGACAACCCCCGCAACCGUCGAUAACUCAACCUUACUGGUUGUAGACGCGAACUUCAGCGUAGUUAUUGCCACAACUGGAUGUAGAGCGUGGGACGUCAAAUCCAAAGCGUGGGUUUCUAAUGGAUGUGUGGUUCUGCCCAUGAGUACUAUAAACGAAACAGUAUGCAGAUGUCCAAGUCCUUCCACUGGGAAUAUCUUUGCCUCUUCCUUCUAUGUCCCUCCAAACAUGAUCGAUUUCAAUACCGUGUGGAGUAAAUUUGAUCCAGCGAACGCUGCCGUCUACGGAACUGUUAUAGCUCUAUUUGUUGUGUACGCCAUUGCAGCUAUCCUUUUACGAAGAGAAGACAACAAAGACACUGAAAGGUGGGCCAUCCAUUUCUUAGUGGACAGUGAUUCCACCGACGAAUAUUUCUACAUGAUCACGGUACACACCGGACUUCGCCGAGGGGCGGGUACGAAGUCUGUCGUCAACUUUGUGGUGGCCGGCGACGAGGACGACUCUGGUGUACGGAUCCUCAGCGAUGGCAUUAAGGAGGGAUUUGACACCGGAAGUGUACGAAAGUAUUUUAUGGGGACUAAAACUGCACUUGGCGGGCUUACAUAUAUACGUAUUUGGCAUGACAAUUCGGGAUCUGGUGAAAAUCAGAAUUGGUACCUUAACAAAGUUGUGGUGGAUGAUCCUCAGACUAACAUUAGAUAUGUGUUCCUUUGCGACCGAUGGUUGGCGCUGGAUCAGGAUGAUGGGCAGGUUGAACGCGUGGUGCCUGUGUGUGGAAGAGACAACCUCGUAGCAUUUAAUACGCUUUUUGCACAACACGCACAGUUCAAUCUGACCGAAAACCAUCUCUGGCUUUCGCUAAUGAUCCGUCCUGAGAGAAGUCCGUUCAGUAGGGUACAGCGAUUAUCAUGUUUGAUGGCUUUGUUGUUCUUGACAAUGAUUGCGAACGCAAUGUUCUUUAAAUCUUCUUCUGAAGACCAAACUGCCAGUGGGAAUGAAGUCCAAAUCGGUUUCCUCCGGUUUUCACUGUCAACCGUUUACGUAUCUUUUAUUGGAAUUGCCUUGACUACUCCACCGAUUAUGUUCGUAACAAUGGUAUUCAAAAAAUGCAGACCAAAGGUUGAGUUAAACCACAAAAACAAGGAAACGGCAGAAAAGCUUGAUAAAAAAGUCAAAGGAAACAUGAAAAAGGAACUGGACAAACGAGCAUUUAAUGGGGAGGACUUCUUCACAAAAGACCACCUUCCGCUGCCCUAUUGGAUGGCGUACGUCGCUUGGGUAGUAGUUUGGUUGGCUGUGAUCACGUCGGCUUUCUUCCUCAUCCUGUAUAGUAUGGAAUGGGGAAAACCAAAGGCAGAGGAGUGGCUUUCCUCGUUCUUCUUCUCUUUCUUUGAAUCGUUGAUAUGCGUUGAUCCAUUAAAGGUAAUAAUAAUAGCCGUCUUGUUGGCGAUGCUUUUCAAACAACCAGCUGAUGGAGAAACGCCGGGAAUGGAUUUGAAGAAGUUGAAAUCUGCAGCAUCACAGUACAAUUCCGGCUCAGAGAGAAGUUACAUGGCAUUCGUCAAUGGUAUAUUUAACAAGUCAGAACCACCGCCGCAGUCAGACUUAGAAAAGCUCAGAGAGAAGAGGAAACAAGAGUUAAAGGCUCAGGAGGCACUGAUGAAUCUCAUCUUCUAUGCAAUCUUUAUGUUUAUUAUAUACAGUAUAAGCUACAUUGAGCGGGACCAUAGAUCUUUCUUCAUGAAGACCAAUGUUGAAAACUACUUGGUCGGCGAUGGUUAUGGACAAUUUGGUUUCAAGGGGAUCAACAAAACAAAGGAUUUCUAUACGUGGAUGCAAAAAACUUUCAUUCCUACCUACUAUCCCGAAACUCAGUAUUCUGGAGCCAGUCUCGGCGAGCAGGAUAAGAGGUAUUUUGGCGAUCUGUCAAGCAUCCGAGUUGGACCAGGUCGUCUAAGACAAGUGCGCAUGGGCAAAGGGGAGUGUAUUUACCACAAACUGACCUGGCCUUACUACUGUGUGAAUUACUAUGAUAUGUACCAGGAGGACGAAAAAGAAUACUGCUUGGGCUGGAAAACGUAUAACGCGACUGCGUGCGACACUGUUCAAUACAAGUCUCUUUUCCAGACAUUCGAAGCCUGGAGAUACACUAAAUCUAUUGACAUAUGGGGCCUACCACUUACAGGGGAGUACAACACAUAUGGGGGUGGUGGAUACAUACUAAAACUACCCAAAACCAGAUUGCAGGCACAGAAUCUGAUGAGUGAACUGAACACCUUCAACUGGAUUGACAGAGGCACUCGAGCCAUUUUGGUUGAAUUUACCCUCUAUAACCCGAAUGCCAACCUGUUUACAUACGUCACAUAUAUAACAGAGGUGACAGAAAUGGGCGGCUCCUUCACGUGGACAGAAACGAAUCCAUUCAGGCCAAUGGUGUCUUUAAAUGCGAUGGGAACGUUUGCUAUCAUCUGCUAUUGUAUAUACGUUCUCUACCAGCUAGUUCUCACAUACGAGACGAUUAAGGGGCUUAAAAAGGACGGAUGCUGCAAGUACUUCAGAGUAGUCUGGAAUAGCGUGGAUACAGUAUGUUUGUUUUUAGGAUAUGCAGCUAUAUCCAUAUUCAUAAUUAGACUAAUUAACACCAAUCAGGCGAUGGAUCAAUUUUACGAUGACAAACUUACUGGAGCAAACAGUUUCAUCAAUUUCUUUCACAUUGUCGUCUGGGACAUGCUGUUUAACAUCAUAAUGGCCAUCCUUGUAUUUAUCGCAUCGUUGAGAAUCCUGCGGAUCUUGGGCUACAACCAAAAACUGACUGAAAUCAUAACCGUGGUCUCUAAUGCAGCAACUGAAAUCAUUGGAUUCGGGUUCGUUUUUGGAAUCGUGUUCGGGGCAUAUGUAAUAUUCGGGUAUCUUAUAUUUGGACGCACUCUUUACGAAUACAGAAGUAUAUUCACGUCUUGGGGGACUCUCACCAACGCCCUGAUCGGGAAGAACAGCCUGGAUACAAUGAUGAUGGCAGCACCACAACUUGCACAGUUUUACUACUUCACUUACGUAUUCUGUGUCCUCUUCACCCUCAUUACAAUGUUUGCCGCCAUACUUAACAAAAGUAUAACUGAUGUCCGGGGUGACGCGAACAAGAAGGGAGACCUGUUCGGUAUCGUCGAUAUGUUGACCAAGUCCUUUAAAGAUUUAGUUGGCAUUGCAUACAAGUCAGAAGCACCUGCAUCGAAAAGAGCCGAGGCAAAGAAAAAGUACAUGCAGAGUAUUGGCCUCAAUCCGAAGUUUGACACUCAAAACAUUCUAAGGCUUGUGCGCACCACGCUCGAUGAAGUCAACGACGGACAGGGUUUUAAACGAGUGAACACCAGCAAGGGAGAUAUUAACUCGGAAGACCUCCUUAUGAAACGCCUUGAUCCACAAACACCGAAUAGAUCGAACUCAAGGAUCUCGGGGGCCGAGACCCCAAGAGACAUCAGCCUCGUUUUCAAUGACGCAAAGUGUUAAGAGAAAAAAUAGACAUUACAAUGCAAAUCACAUGAAUGUAAAUCGGUAGAGUUUGCAUCUCAUUUUUCUAUGUGAAAGGGCACGUGUUAUUUAUUCUGUUUUAGAAAUUAUAUAUGAAUUGAUGUUAUACAUUAGUUGUCUAAAACAACAUGUUUUUAUAUAAACCAUCUGAUCGUUUUUAAACAAAAUUCAAAACCAACUGAUAUAUUAAGGUAAAUAUAAAUCAUUUUUUCAACUUGCAUAAGCGAGUAGACUUAUUCAAUGAAAUGUAAAUAAAAACACUUUCUGGAACCAUCAUAUUCACUGAGGUAUUUAAUUGUAUAAUAUUUAAUAAAACUUGAAUUAUUAAAAAUGACCAAAAUAUUUUGGGCCUGAAAUUUAUCAAAUGUACUUAUUCAGUUUUUUGUACACGUAGUAUGUUUUACAGUCUUGAAGUAUAUAAAUGUAUGCUAAAAAAGAAAGAAAUCAUGGUUUUAGUACUUUAAAUAAUUGAAAUUUAGUCUUUGCCUAGUUCAAUUCUUCGUAGCACUCUUUACAACACUUGUUUAUCAAACUGUCACUGGCGCAUAAAUACAACGCUUUCUUCUUCAUCUCCAACCAUUCUCGUCAACGUAGGCACUUUGUUUUGAAUUUAAAAAAAAAAAUUAUUUUAGCCAGUGAGAGUUCUUGAUAAGCAUACGAAGAUUUUGUUUUGUUAUCAACAUGAAUUUUGUUAAAAUCUUGAAACACAGUCUGUGAUAUGAUGAAUGUAUGAUACAUAGUUUUAAAUAAAUAAAAAAAGUCCAA